AAAAAAAAAUUUAAUACGCUUGGUGAAAACGGUAAGAAAAAUUUAUAUCAUAAUUAUUUAAUUUAAUACAUGCCGCGUGAUGAAAUAUAUUAUAAUUGCAUUAGGGGUAUGACACUCGAAUAAGUGACUCGUACAUUUGUAUAUUGGAUACGCCCUAUUUAUGACACCUACUGAUUGAUCUUAUAUAUUACGGUAAUUAAUAAUAGACCCUAAUGGAUUAACACAUCUGUAAGUACCAAUUAAAGGUAAAGUGUGAUAAACGUUAUAAUUGUAUACAACAACGGCUUAUGUUUGCACAUGUGGUGCGCUAUUUAUAACAUAAAUAUUGAUUGAUGUUGAUAAUUUCACUAAUGCUAACAGAGUGAGCAUGUCUUUAAUUACUAUUUAAAGGUAAAGUGUGACAAUCGUUAUUAUUGAAGACAAUAUCAAGUAUGGACAUUGUCGUACCAUAUUCGAUGAAAAAUGCCUGCGCCUCCGUGUUUAUUUUGUUUAAGGAGAAUUUACUCCAACUCAAGAGCGGUCACUUGUGACUAGUGCCAACGUUGGCAUCAUAUCCGAUGUGGAAACACCGGGAUAUCGGAAGAGGUAUAUGACGAAGCGGUUCGUAAUCAGGAUGAACUGCGUUUCGUAUGUAUGAGGUGUCGUCACUACGACACCUCUGAUGAUGACAUGGAUGUAGAUGAAGUCGUCCACGUACUGCGGAUGCCCGAUGCACUGACAGACAUUGAAGCAACUCAGGCUGCUCUGUUGUUGCACGAAGAGUCCGGAAGUGGAGAUACUAUGGACGCAGUUGGAGCAGAUCACUCAACGUCAAUGUUUGACGUUAGUCGCCCAGAGCGUUCCAUGGAGUCAGAAGCAGAAGAGACUGACCACAACGAUGAAACCGUCCACGAUGUCGUACUAGAUGGUACACCUACGUACACCGUGGUGGAUGGUGGUUCCAAGAAAGGUUCGCGGAAGCUAGUAUCCAGUGAAGGCUAUGCGUUUGUGGUGAAGAGAACCCUGGUAUCUGGUGUGACGGAGUGGCGAUGUAGCGUCCGAGGAAAGGGAGCUGGUUGUACGGCGGUCAUCAGCAAACUGGGGAUGCCUUUGUAAAAGGAGCGCGGGGACACAGUCACACAGCAAAUCCCGGCCUUCUCACUUCUGUUCAGAACGCGAAAGAGAUCAAAGCGGCAGCUCGAGGUGACGUGUUCGAGAUUGCACCCGUCAUUGUCCGUUGGGUGUUGGAAACAAACGACCCAAACCUACCACCUGGUGCUCGAAUCAGUGAGCAGAAUCUGUGUAAACUCGCCAACAGGUGUCGCAAGAACAUGCGACCAACAGACCCAGUAUCGACAGAAUUUGAGUUGGUAUAUAGUGGGUAAUGUACAAUAGCUCAACGAUCACUUCUACAGGGGAAUGGUCACGGUAAAGGACCGCAGGCAUGUGAUUCUGGCGACGGACAAGCAGUUGGAGCUGCUGGCAAAAGCUAAGACCUGGUACUUGGACGGAACCUUCAAAAUCGUGAAGGCGCCGAUAACGCAGCUGUUCUCAAUACAUGCAUUCGUGAAGUUUGAAGAUGUAGUAAAGCAGCUGCCACUGUGCAUCGUUCUGAUGAGUGGUAGAAAACGAAGAGAUUAUGUGUUGCAGAAAGUGAACACUCUAUUCAGUGAACGGAAAGUAACAACGUUCGUUGUUGACUUUGAGGCCGGUCUAUGGCAGGCUCUGCGCCAUGUGUACACGGACCCCGAUAUCAAGGGCUGUGCCUUUCACUUCGGCCAGGCAUUGUGGCGGAAGUGCCAGGAGAUUGGUCUUAGUACGGCGUACGAGAGUAGAGAUCGCGUGUUUAAGUUGCUACGGAAGUGCUUCGCGCUCCCUCUUCUGCCACCAGCCGACAUUCGUCCCGCGUUCGUAAAAAUCAAGAAGAAAGGCCAAAGUGAACAACUAGCCCCCUUCUUCGCCUAUAUUGAAAACACGUGGCUGACGAGUGACGAACAACAUAUGGGCAGUUGAAAACUGGUCGGUGUACGGAAGUUCCGUGAGGACGAAAAAAGAUGUCGAAGGCUGGCACAACCGCCUUAACGGGAGGGCGAAGAAAGCAAAUCUCGCGUUCUGCCUGCUAAUCACCCUGCUGUUUGACGAAGCGAAUGAAGUACCUAUGCAGUGCAAACACAUCAAGGAAAAGAAAUUGCAGCGGCAUCAGAGUCGGCAAACACGUGCCACACAAGGGCGUUUGUGCGCGGCUUGGGACCGGUACGGGAAAAAAUAAAUUAGUACGAGUGAGCUUCUGAAUGAGUGCUGUAGACUGUAUGGACCUGUGUAAAUGUGUACGUGUGUUUUUUUGUUUGCUAGUGUAAACGAUUGAGUGAAAAUGUAUAUAUCUGUUUGUUUGAUUGUAUAUAAAAUAUAUUUGUUUGAUUGUAUGUAUGUAAUACAACUUUGUUUUUGUACAUUCGGUUGCUCACAUUUCACAAAAUUGCUAUAAAUGUUUUUUUUGUUGUACAUAUAUAUGUAUUUGUUUAGAAGUGUUCUAUAUAUAUUUGCCUGAAAUUGUUUUUUUAUUAGUUGUACAUAUAUUAGUAUUUGUUGUGUAUUUUGGAUGUCGAUAUUAUAUUAACAAACAAUAAAGG